AUGGAAACCGACAGGGCGCAAGUCGAUCUCGGUAUCGCGGCCGAUAUUGAAGAGGCCCAGCUGGCCCAAGCCGCUGAGCCCGAGGCCGCCAGCGCGGAUGCACCGCCGGCAACGGCGAAGCAGCCCAGGAAGCGCUUCAUAGGGAGGCGGGCGGCGGCGGCGGAAGCGGCGGCGGCGGCGGCAAAGAAUGACCAGCUCGGCACUCAGCACGAAAGCGGUGCCAUCCAGGCGGCCAAACCGAGGAGAGCACCUCGCCUGCUCAACAGAGUCCCCGCCGAGAUCCUCCAAGACGCCAGGCUGAAAGAGGCCAUCGCCCUCCUGCCGGCCAACUACAACUUCGAGAUCCCCAAGACGAUCCACAGGAUCCGCACGCUGGGGUCGACGAGAGUUGCCCUCCAGAUGCCAGAGGGGCUGCUCCUGUUCGCCACCACCAUUUCCGACAUCCUGACCCAGUUCUGCCCCGGCGUGGAAACGCUCAUCAUGGGCGACGUGACGUACGGGGCGUGCUGCAUCGACGACUACACAGCCCGCGCCCUGGGAUGCGACCUCCUGGUGCACUACGCCCACAGCUGCCUCAUCCCCGUGGACGUGACCAAGAUCAAGACGCUGUACGUCUUUGUCGACAUCAGCAUCGACACGGCCCACCUGCUCGCGUCGCUGGAGCGCAACUUUGCCUCGGGCAAGACGAUCGCCGUCGUCGGCACCAUCCAGUUCAACGCCACCAUCCACGGGGUGAGGGGCUCCCUCGAGGCGGCGGGCUUCCACGUCGUGGUGCCCCAGAUCGCGCCGCUGAGCAAGGGCGAGAUCCUGGGGUGCACCUCCCCGCGGCUGGGGGACCAGGACGCCGUCGACGCGAUCCUGUACCUGGGCGACGGCCGCUUCCACCUCGAGAGCAUCAUGAUCCACAACCCGCGCGUGCCGGCGUACAGGUACGAUCCGUACUCGAGACGGCUGACGCGCGAGGCGUACGGCCACGACGAGAUGCAGUCUCUCCGGCGGGGCGCCAUAGCCGCGGCGAGGACGGCCCGCAGAUGGGGGCUGAUCCUCGGCUCCCUGGGACGCCAGGGCAACCCGCACACCAUGGCGCUGAUCGAGAAGCGGCUGGCCGAGAUGGGCGUUCCGUGGAUCAACCUGCUGCUGAGCGAGAUCUUCCCGGGCAAGCUGGCCAUGAUGAGCGACGUCGAGUGCUGGGUGCAGGUUGCCUGUCCGAGGCUGAGCAUCGACUGGGGAUACGCGUUUCCGCGGCCGCUGCUGACGCCGUACGAAGCCCUGGUCGCGCUGGGCGUCAAGGAAGAAUGGGACAAGGGCAGCGUCUACCCGAUGGAUUAUUACGGCAAGGACGGUCUCGGGAGAAGGCGGCCAGAGGAUGCAGCAGGGGCUGGGGAUGUUUAA